AUGGUGGGUCUGGGAGAAACGUUGCGCGAUGCUCAGUACAAGAUCAAGGACAACAUCCGGAUGGAGGUGAGAAAUCUAGCGAUCACGUAUGAAGUUCCGACUCCGAAAAACUGUAGUAUUCUUCAGGAAGUCGAAGAAAACAACUUCUACGUGGUCACGUUGCGAAAUUUAGAACUCUUCAACAUUGAUCCGAACACCGGAGGUCGCAAGCUACAUAGCAGGCAAGAGAAGGGUGGCGCAGACUUGUUGGUGAAACAAGUAGGGUUAACGGACCUAACAGUCUGGCGGUUCUCCAACCAUGAGAGGUGCGCUCACUACCGAGACAAAGUAUGGAGGCAGCGCAAUCGCUUGGUGGAGGAAGUGGAUCGACUUGCCGCAAAGCAAAGGCAGAGUGCUCAGCAGUUACAAGAUUUCCUAGUCCGUGAAGAAGCUAUGAAACACAAUCCUACAGCUGCUGCUGGUGCUCCUCAACAACAAGGUCAAGUCACAGCCGCCCGCCCUCUGGGUCUCCUUGCAAGGAAGGACGUGCUAGAAUCGACAGUGCGCGCUGACGCAGCUGCUGAACAGAAAGCGAAGCAGAAAGUUUUCGAACUAGAUCGAUACACCCAAGGAAGUAGUGAUCUUCAGGGCGAAAACCUCUUGGAACCAGCGGCCUUUGCACUCUGGCUAGAACACGCGACUUUAUGGCGAAACAAGUAACCAUUGACCGAAAAAAAGAAUGUGGCUAGCCGUCGAGGAAGGGAAUUUUCGUAUUACAAAUAGCGCAACAUACUAGGCUUUCUUGAAAGUUUAACUUCAAGCUAUAAUGAAAAACUCCAUACUUCUUAGUAAGUUCGUGUUUCUCUCCGCGUCUUGCUGUGUGCUACAUUUGCGAAACACCAAACUUCUAGAGUCGAUGGGUAUCUUCAAUGCUUCUAAUAACCGGCACGACGAAUGCUACCUACUACGCUUCGGGCGUGAUCGAGCAGAUAUCCGGCACACUGGAUAUGGCUGCGACUCGGGAGCAUCAGCUUCUCACAGCUUUUGUCCGACAGCACAGACGCACCCAAGAGAAGCACUUUCGCUUGGUGCAAGGUUUGCGAAGCCCCUUGUCGGUGUCACUGAGGGCUUCAAGAACGUCCUUGAGGGUAUCCGAGAUCAAGCCAUCGGAAACGAUGAUACUAUCCUGA